AUGUCUGGCGGCACAGCGAGGAAGAUCCAGCCGUUCACCAUUAGCACCAAGCUUUCCCUUCCAAAGUGUUCCUCGGACUUCCCAGGCGACAGCUGUCCUGGCAUCCCCGUAGCUGCUCUGGACAACCGUGUCUUGCACCAGAACCUCAACGAGCGGGUGUCUCUGUAUUUGGCUCAGGCUUCCCCAGAGCCCCCUGAGGGGAGAUUCGACAGCGCAAGCCCUACGGAGGAGGGGGCCACCCAUGAAGACCAUGUCAACCGCAACUCGCUGUCCCGUUCCAUCAAGAAGAUCACCCUGUCCAACUGGGGACAACAUGGGGAACCUUGUUUAGGGGAGGAAGGGAUGCUCAGGGACCCUGCUCAUGCCAGCUGCGAGAGGAACUUCAACAACAACAACUGCAGAACAGGGGAAGCACAGUUCAAGGCUGAGAAGUGGGUACAAAUGAAACUCCGGGACCUGAAGGACGGUUGCAGUAUUCAGAAAUGGGAGCAAGUGCCUCAGACUUUGCAAAGAGACAUGAAGGACUUUGAGAACACAAUAAUCAAACUAAACCAGAUGGGUGAGCAACUCCUGGUCCAGUCCUCUCCCACUGCAGAGACGAUGAGGAGACAACUGCAGACUCUGCGGGAGCAGUGGCAUUUGCUGAAGCAGAUGGCAGCCAAUCAUAGCAAAGCAACAGGCGGUCUGCGAACCUUACAAGAGUUCAACCACACAGCUGAGCAACUGGAAGCUUGGAUCAGGCGGAAGGAAGAGAAACCUCUGCUAGCGGCUCUACUGCAUGAGAAUGCAGACAAGAUCCAGCUCACCCGGCGGAUCCUUGAUUUAAAACAGGAGGAGCAGCGAUUCCAGGUCCUGCAUGAGGAAAUGAACAAUCUGGCUCACAAGCUUGAGAAACAAGGGAAGAGCGAGAGCAGGAACGUCGUGGCUCGGCGCAAGCACAUCAAUAAAAUGUGGCUGCAUCUCCAAGGGACACUGAAGGAGCAUCAUGAGAUGCUGCAACUGGCUCUGGAGGCUGCUGCCUUCCUCCAGCAAGCAGAUGUGCUCCUAGAGGCGAUCCAUGCUAAGUGGAGGAGUCACUGUGGAGUGGGGAAGCAAAGAAAACCUGAGCCCGGCCUGGACCUAGACGUUAGGGAUAUUGCCAGCCAGGUCAUGAUGCUGGAUGUCACUGUGUCCCAGCUCACUAGCCUGCAUCCCAGCCUGAUAGCACGAGUCUCUCUCAAGCACCAAGAUGUCAAGGAGAGCUGGGCCCAGCUCCAGCAGCUGCUAAGUGACAAUGAGAGCUACACAGAGAAUGAUCCCUAUGUGGAAGGGGCCUUUGUCUUGUUGGACCAGAUACAGUAG